AUGGACAGUAGCUGCCACAGCGCGACCACCAAAAUGCUGGCGACCGCCCCGGCCCGAAGCAACAUGAUGAGUAGCUCCAAACCCUUGGCUUUCUCCAUCGAGCGAAUCAUGGCGCGCACCCCCGAGCCCAAGGCCAUGCCCGUCCCCCACUUCCUGCAGGGAGCCUUACCCAAAGCGGACCCCAAGCACUCGCUGCACCUCAACUCGCCAAUCCCCUGCAUGAUCCCCUUCGUGCCGGUGGCGUACGACGCGGGCGCCAAGGCGGGAGUGGCGGGCGCCGAGGCGCGGAAGGCGAGUGCGGAGGCCCCGGCGGCGGUGGCGCCCGCGGCGCCCGCCUUCAGCUGCAGCGACCUGCUCAACUGCGCGCUCGGCCUCAAGGGCGACCUGGCCCGCGACGCGCUGCCCCUGCAGCAGUACAAGCUGGUAAGGCCGCGUGUGGUCAACCACUCCUUCUUCCACGCCAUGGGCGCCAUGUGCUACCUGAACCGAGGCGACAGCCCGUGCCACCCGGCGGCCGGCGUCAACAUCCACCCGGUGGCCUCCUACUUCCUCAGCUCCCCUUUGCACCCGCAGCCAAAAACGUAUUUAGCCGAAAGGAAUAAACUGGUGGUCCCGGCGGUGGAGAAGUACCCCUCGGGGGUCGCUUUCAAAGACCUGUCCCAGGCGCAGCUGCAGCAUUACAUGAAAGAGAGCGCCCAGCUCCUGUCGGAAAAGAUCGCGUUCAAAACGGCCGAGUUCAGCCGGGUAUCCCCUAACGCCAAGCCCAAAGUCUUCACCUGCGAAGUGUGCGGAAAGGUGUUUAACGCGCACUAUAACUUAACCCGUCACAUGCCGGUGCACACAGGAGCCAGACCCUUCGUUUGCAAAGUGUGUGGAAAGGGCUUCCGGCAGGCCAGCACCCUGUGCAGGCACAAAAUCAUCCACACCCAGGAAAAGCCCCAUAAAUGUAACCAGUGUGGCAAGGCGUUUAACAGAAGUUCCACUUUAAACACGCACACGCGAAUACACGCGGGCUACAAACCGUUUGUGUGUGAAUUCUGCGGCAAAGGAUUUCAUCAGAAAGGGAAUUACAAAAACCACAAGCUGACCCACAGCGGGGAGAAGCAGUUCAAGUGCAAUAUCUGCAACAAGGCUUUCCACCAGGUUUACAACCUCACCUUCCACAUGCACACCCACAAUGACAAGAAGCCCUUCACCUGCCCCACGUGCGGCAAGGGCUUCUGCCGGAACUUUGACCUCAAGAAGCACGUCCGCAAACUGCACGACAGCGGCCUGGGCCUGGCGCGCACGCCCGCCGGGGAGCCGGUCACCGAGCCGCCGCCUGCGCUCCCUCAGCCGCCCCCCGCCGCCCUGCCGCCGCUGCCGCCACCCCCUGGACCCCUGCAGCCCGGGCUCCACUAG